UCUUAUCAUCCAAAUUAUAUCUCAAUUCAAUAAUAAUUUCUUCCAACAAAUUCCUUAAAAUAAUUUGUGUGUUUAAUUCAGCAUAACAGCACAUAACCAUGUCACUCAUUUCACAACUUCUUAGUGAUGAAACCUAUGACCCUUUCUUAUCUAUGAUAAACAAAUGUCCUAUCCUAAGCACUCCAACAGAUUGGAAAGAAACCAUAGAUUCACAUGUUUUUAUAUCCGAUCUUCCGGGAUUAAAAAAAGAAGAUGUUAAGAUAGAAAUUGAUGAAGGAAAAGUGCUUCAAAUUAAUGGUGAAAGGAGCAAUAAUGUGGAUGAAGAUGAUGAGAAGAAUAAUAACAAAUGGCAUCGUGUUGAACGUUGUCGUGGGAAGUUUCAAAGAAGAUUUAAGCUCCCUCAAAAUGCUAAGGUGGAUCAAGUUAAGGCUAAUAUGGAAAAUGGUGUUUUAGUUGUGACUAUUGCUAAGGAGGAAGGGAAGAAAAGUGAAACUAAGGUGAUUCAAAUUGAGGGAAAUUGAAAGAAAAAAAAAAAUUGAGUUUUUUUAUGAUGUUGAGUUUGAGAAUAAUAAAAAAGUUUGUAAUUGGGUAAAAGUUGGGUAUUAAAUAAAAGGGUCUUGUUGGGUUUCGUUAA